GAAGAGGUGGGAAGAGCUCGCAGCACCGCCGGGCGCCCGUCGGGCUCUUGGGGAGAGAGAGAGAGAGAGAUCCGGUUAAAAUCUGGAGUCGGAGGGAGGUUUAACCACAGAUCGGUUCCGAUCGGAUUAUUCCUUAAAGGGGACGCGCCAUUGUCAAGAGAACGGAGCCCGGGGCCCGAGGGCGGGGACCGGCGGCGCCUGAGGAGCGAGGCAGCUGCACUUGGACUGGGGACGGCCGGUAACAUUCCACAUUCUGCUUUGUGCAUGGUGAAGCACUGUUCUGCACCAGUGUGCCCGCUUGUGUGCCUAUAAAGUACAAGCUCCAGAUUGAAAAGCUUCUAGAUGGAUCCUUCCUGUGUUUGCUGUCUUUUCUACAAACUCUGUGCCUCAGCAGCCUUUUCUAAGUGAGCUGAAGCCAUUUAUUUGAUCUUGGAUGAUUAACACCUAAAUGCUUAAUUCUCAAAACUGCUCAAGAGUCCCACAGCCAGGAUUAGAUGAUCCAGUUUACCACCAAGAAAUUAUUGUCUUGAAUUCUACGCACUAAACAAUAUUCCAUUGUCUGGGUGUACCACAGUUUGCCUAUCCAUUCACCUACCGAAGGACAUCUCGGUUGCUUCCAAGUUUUGACAGUUAUGAAUAAAGCAACUACAACCGUCUCUGUGCAAAUCACCAGUCAGCAAAGUGAAUAAGUACUGCACUUCUUCCAACUCUCAUUCCACUUUGGGGAAAAAGAAUAUCAUCAUGUCAAGCAUUACAAUUGACCCAGAUGUCAAGCCUGGUGAAUAUGUCAUCAAGAGCCUCUUUGCAGAAUUUGCUGUUCAAGCUGAAAAGAAAAUUGAAGUUGUAAUGGCUGAACCCUUGGAGAAGCCAUUAUCUAGAUCUCUCCAGAGGGGUGAAGAUCUUCAGUUUGACCAGUUGAUAAGCUCCAUGAGCUCCGUAGCAGAGCACUGUCUUCCUUCCUUACUCCGCACCUUGUUUGACUGGUACAGACGCCAGAACGGAGCUGAAGACGAGUCUUACGAAUAUAGGCCUCGGUCCAGCACAAAAUCUAAGGGGGAUGAACAGCAACGUGAAAGAGACUAUCUUCUUGAAAGGAGAGACUUAGCAGUAGAUUUCAUUUUUUGUCUAGUUUUAGUUGAAGUUCUAAAGCAGAUUCCUGUUCAUCCUGUGCCUGAUCCCUUAGUUCAUGAAGUUCUAAACUUAGCUUUUAAGCACUUUAAACAUAAGGAAGGAUAUUCAGGAACCAACACUGGGAAUGUGCAUAUUAUUGCAGAUUUAUAUGCAGAAGUGAUAGGCGUUCUUGCCCAAUCAAAGUUUCAGGCUGUGAGGAAGAAGUUUGUGACAGAAUUAAAAGAACUGCGGCAAAAGGAACAAAGUCCACAUGUGGUACAAAGCGUCAUCAGCUUAAUAAUGGGAAUGAAGUUUUUCCGAGUGAAAAUGUAUCCUGUAGAAGAUUUUGAAGCAUCAUUUCAGUUCAUGCAGGAAUGUGCUCAGUAUUUCUUAGAAGUAAAAGAUAAAGAUAUAAAACAUGCACUUGCUGGUUUAUUUGUGGAGAUUCUUAUCCCUGUAGCUGCUGCUGUGAAAAACGAAGUGAAUGUUCCCUGCUUGAAAAAUUUUGUGGAGAUGCUUUAUCAAACUACUUUUGAACUGAGUUCCAGAAAGAAACAUUCAUUGGCUCUAUAUCCAUUAAUUACUUGCCUUUUAUGUGUCAGUCAGAAACAAUUUUUUUUAAAUAACUGGCAUAUUUUCCUACAGAAUUGUUUGUCACACUUAAAGAUGCCAUCUAACAACAGUAUCAGAAAACAAAUAGAAACUCUCCAGAAUAAAGAUCCUAAAAUGUCUCGAGUUGCACUGGAAUCUUUGUAUAGAUUGUUGUGGGUCUAUGUAAUUAGAAUAAAAUGUGAAAGCAACACUGUAACUCAAAGUCGUCUUAUGAGCAUAGUAUCAGCACUUUUCCCGAAAGGUUCACGAAGUGUGGUUCCUCGUGACACACCUCUCAAUAUAUUUGUGAAGAUUAUUCAGUUCAUUGCUCAGGAACGUUUGGAUUUUGCAAUGAAAGAAAUAAUAUUUGAUCUUCUCAGUGUUGGAAAAUCUACUAAAACUUUCACCAUUAAUCCAGAGAGAAUGAACAUAGGCCUCAGAGUGUUCCUUGUCAUAGCGGACAGUCUGCAGCAAAAAGACGGUGAACCGCCGAUGCCAACGACAGGCGCUAUCCUCCCCUCAGGAAACACCUUGCGUGUAAAGAAAAUUUUUCUCAACAAAACCUUGACAGAUGAAGAAGCAAAAGUCAUAGGAAUGUCGGUUUAUUAUCCUCAAGUGAGAAAAGCAUUAGAUAGCAUUCUAAGACAUUUGGACAAAGAGGUUGGGAGGCCCAUGUGUAUGACUAGUGUGCAGAUGUCCAAUAAGGAGCCUGAAGAUAUGAUUACCGGGGAAAGAAAACCCAAAAUUGAUUUGUUUAGAACUUGUAUUGCUGCUAUUCCAAGGCUGAUUCCUGAUGGUAUGAGCAGAACUGACCUCAUUGAACUGUUAGCAAGGCUCACAAUUCACAUGGAUGAAGAACUUCGUGCCCUGGCUUUCAAUACCCUGCAGGCGCUAAUGCUUGAUUUUCCAGAUUGGCGUGACGAUGUCCUUUCAGGAUUUGUUUAUUUUAUUGUGCGUGAAGUGACUGAUGUCCAUCCCACACUUCUUGAUAAUGCUGUAAAGAUGUUGGUACAGUUAAUAAAUCAGUGGAAACAAGCAACCCAAAUGCACAACAAAAUCCAGGACUCACAGCAUGGUGUAGUUAAUGGAGCUUCCCAUCCCCCUCCUCUGGAAAGGAUACCAUAUUCCAAUGUAUUCCAUGUGGUCGAAGGAUUUGCACUCGUCACCCUCUGUAGCAGUCGACCUGCCACUAGGAGAUUAGCUGUCAGCGUCCUUAGAGAAAUACGGGCUUUAGUUGCACUUUUGGAAAUACCUAAGGGUGAUGAUGAAUUAGCCAUAGAUGUGAUGGACAGGCUGAGCCCAUCCAUUCUUGAGAGCUUCAUUCAUCUCACUGGGGCCGAUCAGACUACUUUGCUGUACUGCCCGAGCUCAAUAGAUUUACAGACAUUAGCAGAGUGGAACUCCUCUCCCAUUAGCCACCAGUUUGAUGUGAUCAGUCCAUCACACAUAUGGAUAUUUGCACAUGUGACCCAAGGCCAAGACCCAUGGAUUAUAAGUCUCUCCAGUUUUUUAAAGCAAGAAAACCUUCCGAAACACUGCCCUACAGCCGUGAGCUAUGCUUGGAUGUUUGCCUACACAAGGCUUCAGUUGUUAUCCCCACAAGUUGAUAUAAACAGCCCCAUCAAUGCUAAGAAAGUAAAUGCCGCCACAAGCAGUGACUCGUACAUUGGCCUGUGGAGAAACUACCUGCUUCUUUGCUGCAGCGCGGCGACCUCCGCGGCGCCCUCCACGUCCGCGGGCUCCGUGAGGUGCUCUCCUCCUGAGACGCUGGCGUCCACCCCCGACAGUGGCUACAGCGUUGACGCCAAGAUUAUUGGCAUCCCAUCCCCUUCAUCCUUGUUUAAGCACAUAGUUCCAAUGAUGCGCUCUGAGAGCAUGGAAAUCACUGAAUCCCUAGUUCUAGGUCUUGGCAGGACCAACCCAGGAGCAUUUAGGGAACUAAUAGAGGAAUUACAUCCCAUAAUUAAAGAGGCGCUUGAACGAAGGCCAGAGAAUAUGAAGCGGCGCAGGCGUCGAGAUAUUUUACGAGUACAGCUGGUACGGAUAUUUGAGCUGCUGGCAGAUGCUGGUGUCAUUAGUCACAGUGCAAGUGGUGGCCUUGAUAGUGAAACACAUUUCCUCAACAACACUUUAUUAGAAUACGUAGAUUUAACUAGACAACUCCUGGAAGCAGAAAAUGAAAAAGAUUCUGACACACUGAAGGAUAUACGAUGCCAUUUUAGUGCCUUAGUGGCGAAUAUCAUUCAGAAUGUUCCAGUGCACCAGAGAAGAAGUAUUUUUCCUCAACAGAGCCUUCGUCACAGUCUGUUUAUGCUGUUCAGUCACUGGGCGGGUCCUUUUAGCAUCAUGUUUACACCCUUGGACAGAUACAGUGAUAGAAAUAUGCAAAUUAACAGACAUCAGUACUGUGCACUGAAGGCUAUGUCUGCUGUACUCUGUUGUGGCCCUGUUGCAGAUAAUGUAGGACUUUCAUCAGAUGGCUAUUUGUACAAAUGGUUGGAUAACAUUUUGGACUCUCUGGACAAAAAGGUUCAUCAGUUGGGCUGUGAGGCAGUUACAUUACUGCUGGAGCUGAACCCGGAUCAGAGCAACCUGAUGUACUGGGCAGUGGAUCGCUGUUACACUGGUUCCAAGAGAGUGGCCGCUGGCUGUUUCAAAGCCAUAGCUAAUGUUUUCCAGAACAGGGAUUAUCAGUGUGACACAGUGAUGCUCCUCAAUCUGAUACUGUUUAAAGCCGCUGAUUCUUCUCGAAGUAUCUAUGAAGUUGCUAUGCAACUUUUACAGAUCCUGGAACCGAAGAUGUUUCGCUAUGCUCACAAGCUGGAGGUCCAGAGAACAGAUGGAGUUCUCAGCCAGCUGUCCCCUCUGCCGCAUCUGUAUUCCGUUUCCUACUAUCAGCUGUCCGAAGAAUUAGCAAGGGCGUAUCCUGAGCUAACUCUUGCCAUAUUCUCAGAGAUAAGCCAGAGAAUUCAGACAGCUCACCCUGCUGGGAGACAGGUAAUGUUGCACUACUUGUUACCGUGGAUGAACAACAUCGAGCUGGUGGAUCUGAAACCCUUGCCCACAGCGAGGCGACAUGAUGAAGAUGAAGAGGAUUCCUUAAAAGACCGAGAGCUGAUGGUGACUAGCAGGCGCUGGCUACGAGGAGAAGGCUGGGGAUCCCCACAAGCCACUGCCAUGGUUUUGAAUAAUCUCAUGUACAUGACCGCAAAGUAUGGUGACGAGCUGGCGUGGUCGGAGGUGGAGAACGUGUGGACCACACUCGCAGAUGGCUGGCCGAAAAACCUGAAAAUAAUAUUGCACUUUUUGAUCAGCAUUUGUGGAGUAAAUAGUGAACCAAGCCUCUUGCCUUACGUGAAGAAAGUUAUUGUAUAUUUAGGUAGAGACAAAACAAUGCAGUUGCUUGAAGAACUGGUGAGUGAACUACAGCUGACCGACCCUGUCAGUUCAGGAGUCACUCACAUGGAUAACCCCCCUUAUUACCGCAUCACUUCCAGCUAUAAAAUCCCUUCUGUCACCUCAGGAACUACUUCUAGCAGCAAUACAAUGGUUGCUCCCACGGAUGGCAAUCCUGAUAAUAAGCCCAUAAAAGAGAGUAUUGAAGAGAGCUAUGUGCACCUAGACAUCUACAGUGGACUAAACAGUCAUUUAAAUCGUCAACAUCACAGACUAGAAUCUCGAUACAGUAGCAGCUCUGGAGGAUCUUAUGAAGAAGAAAAAAGUGACUCAAUGCCACUUUAUUCUAAUUGGCGACUGAAAGUGAUGGAGCAUAAUCAAGGAGAGCCACUACCCUUCCCACCAGCUGGAGGCUGCUGGUCACCACUGGUGGAUUACUUGCCUGAAACGUCAUCACCUGGAUUACCUCUUCACAGGUGUAACAUAGCCGUGAUCCUUUUGACGGAUCUCAUCAUUGAUCACAGUGUGAAGGUGGAAUGGGGAAGCUACCUCCAUCUUCUUCUUCAUGCAAUUUUUAUAGGGUUUGACCACUGUCACCCUGAGGUGUAUGAACAUUGCCGACGCCUGCUCCUGCACUUGCUAAUAGUGAUGGGGCCCAGCAGUAACAUCCGAACUGUUGCUUCUGUCCUUCUCAGGAACAAGGAGUUUAAUGAGCCCAGGGUGCUUACCGUCAAACAGAUUGCACACUUAGAUUAUACUUUCACAGCAGGUGUUAGUGAUUUUAUACCUGAUUACCAGCCCUCCCCCAUGACCGACUCAGGGCUCAGCUCAAGUUCUACCUCCUCUAGUAUCAGCUUAGGAAAUAACAGCGCUGCCAUUUCCCAUCUGCACACCACUGUCCUCAACGAGGUUGACAUCUCAGUAGAGCAGGAUGGAAAAGUCAAAACCCUCAUGGAAUUCAUUACCUCAAGAAAAAGAGGGCCCCUUUGGAACCAUGAGGAUGUUUCUGCCAAGAAUCCUAGCAUAAAGAGUGCUGAGCAGUUGACUACAUUUUUGAAACAUGUGAUUUCUGUUUUUAAGCAGUCAAGCUCAGAAGGAAUUCACUUGGAACAUCAUCUUAGCGAGGUCGCUCUGCAGACAGCACUUUCUUGUUCUUCUCGACACUAUGCUGGGAGAUCCUUUCAGAUUUUCAGGGCCCUAAAGCAGCCUCUCUCUGCAGCUACGCUUUCUGAUGUUCUCUCCAGGCUUGUAGAAACUGUAGGGGAUCCAGGAGAAGAUGCCCAGGGAUUUGUGAUUGAGCUGCUUCUCACGUUGGAAUCUGCAAUUGAUACUUUAGCUGAAACCAUGAAGCAUUAUGAUCUUCUUUCUGCCCUUUCUCAAACCUCAUACCAUGACCCUAUAAUGGGAAACAAGUUUGCAGCUAACAGGAAAAGCACUGGACAACUCAAUCUAAGCACAAGUCCCAUUAGCAGUAGCAGUUAUUUGGGAUACAACAGUAACACAAGAAGUAACUCUCUGAGGCUAAGUUUAAUUGGUGACCGAAGAGGUGACCGGCGGCGGAGUAACACACUGGAUAUAACGGAUGGACGGAUCAACCACAGCAGCAGCUUAGCGAGGACUCGAAGCCUUUCCUCCCUGAGAGAGAAGGCAGCGUAUGAUGUGCAGCCCACUACUGAGCCCGCCAACUUGAUGGCCACCAUUUUUUGGAUAGCAGCCUCUUUGUUAGAAUCAGACUAUGAAUAUGAAUACCUCCUGGCUCUCAGGCUUCUCAACAAACUGCUGAUCCACCUGCCUUUGGAUAAAUCAGAGAGUCGAGAGAAGAUCGAAAACGUACAGAGCAAACUGAAGUGGAAUAACUUCCCAGGCCUUCAGCAGCUCUUCCUUAAGGGUUUCACCUCAGUGUCCACGCAGGAAAUGACAGUGCACCUCCUGAGUAAACUCAUUUCUGUCUCCAAACACACGUUGGUGGAUCCUUCCCAGUUGUCAGGCUUUCCUCUUAACAUCCUUUGCUUGCUGCCUCACUUAAUCCAGCACUUUGACAGCCCAACCCAGUUUUGCAAAGAAACAGCCAGUCGAAUAGCAAAGGUUUGUGCAGAAGAAAAAUGCCCAACGCUUGUCAACUUGGCUCACAUGAUGAGCCUGUACAGUACGCACACAUACUCCAGAGACUGUUCUAACUGGAUCAAUGUAGUAUGUAGAUACCUGCAUGACUCCUUCUCAGAUACUACGUUUAGUCUUGUGACUUACCUUGCAGAGCUGCUAGAAAAAGGACUGUCUAGUAUGCAGCAGUCAUUACUACAGAUCAUUUACAGUCUUCUGAGUCAUAUUGACCUCUCUGCUGCCCCAGUAAAGCAGUUUAAUCUGGAGAUCAUAAAGAUCAUUGGCAAAUAUGUACAGAGUCCUUAUUGGAAGGAAGCCCUUAACAUCUUAAAACUGGUGGUGUCCCGCUCAGCAAGCCUUGUCGUGCCCAACGAUAUCCCCAAGACCUAUGGAGGAGAUAUGGGCUCUCCUGAGAUAUCCUUCACUAAAAUUUUUAAUAAUGUCUCUAAGGAGUUGCCUGGGAAGACCCUGGAUUUUCAUUUUGAUAUAUCUGAGACACCGAUUAUUGGAAAUAAAUAUGGUGAUCAGCACAGCGCAGCUGGAAGGAACGGGAAGCCCAAAGUGAUCGCGGUGACGAGAAGCACUUCCUCCACUUCUUCCGGUUCUAACUCGAAUGCCUUGGUGCCUGUUAGCUGGAAGAGGCCACAAUUAUCGCAGCGAAGAACAAGAGAAAAGCUAAUGAAUGUGCUUUCUCUGUGUGGUCCAGAGUCUGGCCUUCCAAAGAAUCCAUCAGUUGUAUUUUCUUCUAAUGAGGAUUUGGAAGUUGGUGACCAGCAAACUAGCCUCAUUUCUGCAACAGAGGACAUAAUUCAAGAGGAAGAAGUAGCUGUGGAAGAUAAUAGCAGCGAACAACAGUUUGGCGUAUUUAAGGAUUUUGACUUUUUAGAUGUUGAGUUGGAAGAUGCAGAGGGUGAAAGUAUGGACAACUUCAACUGGGGAGUCCGCAGGCGCUCACUGGACAGCAUUGACAAAGGGGACACACCAUCCCUCCAGGAGUACCAGUGUUCCAGCAGCACCCCCAGCCUGAACCUGACAAACCAGGAGGAUACAGACGAGUCCUCGGAAGAGGAAGCGGCGCUCACAGCAAGCCAGAUACUCUCACGCACGCAGAUGUUAAAUAACGAUUCUGCUGCAGACGAAACCCUGCCGGACCAUUCUGAUUUACUUCUUCAGUCUCAAGAUUCCACUGGCAGCCUCUCCACAGAAGAAGUGCUGCAAAUCAGAGAUGAGACCCCCAGUUUGGAAGCUUCUCUAGAUAAGGCUAACAGCCAGCUGCCUGAGGAUACAAGUUCAGUAUUAAAGGAGGAACAGGUUCUUACCACCUUUGAAGAUGACGGAUCGUAUAUUAUUCAAGAACAGCAGGACUCUCUCGUGUGUCAAGGGAUUCUUGAUUUAGAGGAGACGGACCUGCCGGAGCCUGCAGGUCCUGAGAGCUGCCCCGGGUCAGUCUGUGAAGAGGACGUCACCUUAGCUCUGAAGGAACUAGAUGAGCGGUGUGAAGAGGAGGAGGCAGACUUCUCCGGGCUGUCUAGUCAAGAGGAAGAAGAACAAGAUGGUUUUCCAGAGGUACAGACAUCCCCUCUGCCGUCGCCGUUUCUUUCCGCCAUCAUCGCCGCCUUUCAGCCAGCAGCGUGUGACGACGAGGAAGAAGCCUGGCGUUGCCACGUGGGUCAGAUGCUGUCUGACACCGACGGCUCCUGCGCGGUGUUCACUUUCCACGUGUUCUCUAGGCUGUUUCAGUCAAUUCAAAGAAAGUUCGGGGACAUAACUAAUGAGGCAGUCAGCUUUCUUGGUGAGAGUCUGCAGCGCAUUGGUGCCAAAUUUAAAAGCUCAUUGGAAGUGAUGAUGAUGUGUUCAGAAUGCCCAACAGUCUUUGUGGAUGCUGAAACACUGAUGUCCUGUGAUUUGCUAGAAACACUAAAGUUCAGUGUUUUGGAGCUGCAAGAACACCUGGAUACAUACAAUGCCAAAAAAGAAGCAGCUGAGCAGUGGUUAGACAAUUGUAAGAGGACAUUUGGUGCCAAAGAAGACAUAUAUAGGAUAAACACAGAUGCACAACAAAUGGAAAUUCUAGCAGAACUGGAGCUCUGUCGAAGGUUAUACAAAUUGCAUUUUCAACUGCUGCUUCUGUUCCAAGCCUACUGUAAACUUAUCAACCAAGUCAACACAAUAAAAAAUGAAGCAGAGGUCUUCAACAUGUCAGCAGAACUUGCCCAGUUGGAAAGUAUCCUCAAAGAAGCCGAGUCUGCUUCAGAAAACGAAGAAAUUGACAUUUCCCAAGCUGCACAAACUACUAUAGAAACUGCCAUUCAUUCUUUAAUUGAAACUUUGAAAAAUAAGGAAUUUGUAUCAGCUGUAGCGCAAGUCAAAGCUUUCAGAUCUCUCUGGCCCAAUGACAUCUUUGGCAGCUGUGAAGACGCCCCUGUCCAGACACUGUUACACAUCUAUUUCCACCACCAGACGCUGGGCCAGACGGGAAGCUUUGCAGUCAUAGGCUCUGACCUGGACAUGUCAGAAGCCAGCUACAAACUGAUGGAACUUAAUCUAGAAAUAAGAGAGUCUCUACGCACGGUGCAAUCAUACCAACUCCUCGCACAGGCCAAACCAAUUGGAAAUUUGGUGAGCACUGGAUUUUGAGAAACUUCAGGCAUUCAGGAAAAGACUGAACUGAAGAUGAUUAAGAAUAUUAACAAGCACCUUUUAUGGACCCUUGCAGUUCACUGAUGACUUUCUCUGGCAGCAUCCACAACCCCAGUGUAACUAAUGCCAAACUUUCUCAAGGUAAAAAAGAAUGUCAGAACCACAUCUGAAGGGGAAAAAACUAAUCAUCUAAUGGCUGCCAAUACCUCCCACAAUAAGUGUAUAAAGAAAGAAUUUUUUAAAUGACUUUACCUACGUGAAAAGAAAAGGGCUAAAAGUGAUGCAUACAAAUACAACACUUUCUGGAGAAAGAAAAGAAUUCUAAGAAUGUUUGCAAUAAUGGCCUCUAAUACUGAGACAUUAGAAAGCAGGUAAAAUGAGGCUGAAAUCGAGGCUGGUUCAUUUUAGCUGAAGACCUGCAGAGCUGCUUGGGUUUCUAGCAGUCACAAGCAUAAGCGACAACUGAUGCUUAAUCAUCUACAUGAAGAACAUCCAUUCGGAUAGAUAGACACAGAAAGACUUAUUUGCAAAAACCAUUGAUUUUUUUUUUUUUCCCCCAAUAUGUGGGAUAAGGGCGUGGGUGUUUUGUUUUUUUUGGUCUGUAUAAGGAAUUGUGUGUGUGUGUGUGUGAGCUGAGAUGUGUGCAUAUGUGAUAGUCAUAUUUUCAAGGUAUGGGUGUUUGGUGAUAACGUCUCAGAGCAUGCCUAAAAGAGCACUGCAAGAUUAUUUUUGAAAAAAAUUAUUUUAUUAGAUCUAACUCUUCAUAGUGUGUAAAUGUUAGGACAUUUUAAUAAUAUUAAAACUGGGCUUUCCCAGUAUUUCGAAAAGAAAUAAUAUAUCUGUUAACGUUAUUGGAAUGCUGCUCAGUUCUCUGAUCAGUGCUUAUGUUACAACUGUUGAUAACUAACCAAAGUAGAUGCCUGCGGAGACUUUAAAAUGUACAAUAAAGAUGUAUGCUGCCCGUCAGCGCUUCUCAUUAGAAAAGUUAACUUAUUUUACUCCAUAAUUAUUAUAGAAACUGUAUAGAUUAAUACUGGUAUUGUCUUGUACAUUUGUGCAGUGCACUGUUACACAAGAAGAGGUGUACAAAGCUAAAGAAAAAAAACUGUGGUCAUUGAUGGUAGAAUAUGUGACUUGCAGGCCCUGAAAGUCUGCAGAAUUCAAGAAGAGAGAUGCAAAUGCAUUUGUAUAUGUUUAUGUAGGACUCACACGUUUCACUCUUAAGGAACCCGGGGCUACGGGGGAAGAUGAAAGGAAGCCUGAAGACUGACUUAACCAAAACAUGCAAUACACUUUUAGUCACUGUCCAAGUCUGCAGUAUAACAUGGACUGGAUUUCUCUGUCCUUUUUUUAAAACAGCAUUUUGUAAAAGAAAUGAAUGUAGUCCCACAAAUUCCUCUGAUUUGAAAGAACACCUUGUAUUUUUUAUACGCAUCUCUUAUCCACUGUGACUUUUCUUUUAAACUGGGCUCUGGGGUUCCAGAGCUUAGAAUGUAGAAAUGAAAUGCUUAGCUUUGCCUUUUCUUGGCGGUGUGGACCCUGCCAGAAAUGUAAUUAUGCUCAAGUGCAUUAACUGAGGGCGCCGUGCACGCCACUGGACUGCUGACUAGAGUGAUGUUACCUAUAAAAUUCUGUAACUGGUCACAGCACAUUCAUAAUCACUGUAUUUUUUGACCCUGAUAAAAACAAUUAUUUUGAUGGUGUUCUGGUACUGUAAAUGGUGUCCUUUAAAUUAUUUAAUGACUUCUGGGUGUGGGGCAGGAAGAGAGCAGUGGUGUCUGGAGACACACCACACUUGACAUCCUAUCUCACCAUCCCCUAUUCUUCUCACCCUCCUUAUAUCCUUUUUGUUAAAAUAAAAAGCAUUGUAGCUCUU